AUGUAUGGUGACUAUUCUUCUCUAUACGCUGAACCUGCAAUUGAUCCAUCUUCUUACUUUGUUUUCUCUGGUACAUUAAAUCCAAUGGAGGAAUAUGCUAUUAUUCCAUCAAUUAUCACUAAAGCCAAGCUUAAUGCUUCUUGCCAGCCAUUAAUUUCAAUUCAUUGCCAGCCUAAUAAAAUUUCUCCAUCCGAGAAGCUGCGUAUAUUCCAUCAUUUGAAUAAUUCUUCUAAAGGGGAUGGGCAUGUUCAACAUGCUAAUGCUCGUCAUACUCACUUGGACAGUUCCACUAGCGACAUCAGUCUUUUGAAUUCAGGUUAG